AUGCUGCGUACAAUUGGCAUCUUCGCUUCGCUCCUCUUGGCAACUUGUGCUGAGCCCACCAUCAUCAAGUCGCCACGUGUCACAAAUUGGGGCGAAUGGAAUGGAAUGGAAACUUGUCCAGAACGUCAUUUUGUUAAUGGAUUCAAGAUCAAGUACGAGGAAUCGAUUUUUUAUAUGGCGAUCUGACUGCACUCAAUGGAGUUGAGCUUGUUUGCCAUGGCUCUGAUCAGGUCGACAAAUACAUCAAGAGUGGUGAGAGUCCACAUGGAUCCUGGCAAAAAUUCCAUUACUGUCCUGACGAAGAAUAUGUGAUUGGUUUUGCGCUUCGAGUAGAUCCUCCACAUAAUUUUAUUGUCGAUGAUGUUGCUACAUAUGCUUUUCUAGCAUAUUGUGGUGAACCAAAAGGAGAAAGACACAAUCUUAGUCCACUUGACGGUAAUACAGCCAAAACUAUUAUAAAUGGGAAAUGGACCGGUGAUCAGUUCUGCCCAUCUGGACAAGUCGUCUGUGGAAUCAAUACUAAAACUGAAUCGCGUCAGUGGCUUAAGGAUGACACUGGCCUCAACAACGUGGAUCUGCAAUGCUGCGACUUCGAACUUUAA